AUGAUCUAUUCCGAAGAAUCGUUCGAUUUCGUCAUAAUCGGCGGCGGCACCGCUGGCGCAAACCGCAACUUGGAUCCAAAGAUCCAAGUACCAGGAUCUGUGACACAACUAUUCAGAGAUGUGGAAUAUGACUGGUCUUUCAACACCGUGCCUCAGGAAUCCCUCAAUGAACGAGCGAUAAACCACCCUCCGGGGAAAGUUUUCGGCGGUUCCAGCGCCACCAACGCCAUUGGCUGGAACCGCGACAACAUGACCCGAGCUCGACUCGACAUCGAUUACAUGGAUUAUAAGCUUUAUGGGAAGGACGGGCCAAUUCAAACCGCCAUCUCCAAUUUCACCAUGCCCCUGACGAGACUCCUAGGCGCGACGCUGAAGAAUCUGGGCCACAAGGCGACGAAAGACCCUAUUUCUGGCGAGGCGGUUGGUGCGUAUAGUUGCCCGAGUUUCAUCGAUCCGAGAUCUGCUACGAGAAGCCAUGCGGGAGUGGCAUAUUACGACCCGGUUAAGUCGAGGCCGAAUCUACAUCUAAAGGAGAAUGCGCUAGUCGAGAAGAUUGUCCUCGAGAAACUAACGGACGGAUCUGUUAUCGCCACUGAGUCCACAUUCGGCAGCCCAGCUCUCCUAGAGCUCUCCGGAAUCGGCGACCCAGCUCUCCUCACAUCUCUCGGAAUCGACGUCGUCAUCCCAAACCUAAACGUCGGCGAGAACCUCCAAAACCAUGUCAUGACCACCGUAACCGCCGAAGUCCUCAACCCCGACGACUCCCUCGACUCCCUCGGCGACCCAGCAAAACUAGCCACAGCCAUCGAAGCCUACACAACCCACCAAACCGGCCCCCUCUCCGCCGGCUUCAGCGCAACAUCCUACCUCCCCCCCACCCCAACCCCUCUCCCCCGCCUAGCAAAUCCAAUCCCACCGCCUCGCCACCACCCUCCUCUCCCCGAUCGCCACCCCGCUCUCACUCAGCGCCGCCGCCGCCGAGAUUUACCCCGUCUACUCCCCUCCGGCACAAACCUCAUCUCCCUCGUCCCCGCCCUCAUGCACCCCCUCUCUCGCGGCACCGUGCACAUCACUUCCGCCUCCCCGACCGUCUAUCCGGCCAUCAACCCAAACUACCUCUCGCACCCGCUCGACCUCGAGCUCUUCGCGCGCGGCCUGCUCUACUGCAGCACCGUCCUCGCCCCGCAGUCCCUGGCCGCGCUGCUUAAAGAGGGCGGGAAGGGGAUGCCCGAGCGGCGGCUCGCGACGCUGGCAGAGGCGCGGGCGUAUGCGCGGGAGCGCGCGGGGACGAUGUUCCAUCCGUGCGGGACGUGUGCGAUGAUGCCGCGGGAGGGGGGAGCGGUGGUGGGGGAGCGGUUGGUGGUGCAUGGGGCACGGAAUUUGAGGGUUGUGGAUGCGAGUGUGUUCCCGGUGAUCGUGAAGGGGCCGGUGACGAGUAGUGUGUUUGCGGUCGCGGAGCGGGCUGCGGAUCUGGUGAGGGGAGAGUUGGGGUAG